GGAAGUUUUAGUUUCACUGAGUCUAAAUCUGGACCAACGAAGACCAGAACGGCUCAAGACCUGGACUCAGCCUGGUCUGGUCUCUGGUCUGGUCUCUGGUCUGGUCUCUGGUCUGGUCUCUGGUCUGGUCUCUGGUCUGGUCUCUGGUCUCUGGUCUGGUCUAAACCUGGAUUAAACCUGGUCUAAUCGAGGACUCUGAAGAUGCUGCGGUCCCUGGUCCUGAUCCUGGUCCUCGGAGCUGGACUUUCUCAGGAGGUUUUGGGAGCAGCUCUUCAAAUCAGUGUGAAUGAUUACAUCAUCCCUGACCAAUCAGAGAGGACCCUCCUCUCUGGCUCCGCCCUCUCGGUGCGUUGCCUUGGAGAUGGGCCUCUGUUGCUACAGAGCACGUCAUUUAGACUGAUGCACGAUGCCCUCGGCAACCACGUCACCGUGACCCGGACAAACCCGCGAUACACAGGGACAUACACCUGCUCAGCUCCAGCCAAUCACAGCUCAGUCCCAUCCACAGCCCCGCCCACAGCCACAGUGCACCUGUAUGUGUCAGACCCCUCAGAUCCCAGUUCAGCGUUUGUCGUGCCCCGGUCCCGGGACAGCGUCGAGGAGGGGCGGGACUUCCUGCUGCGCUGCCUUCCCACAGGCGCUGACAUCACUGAGCUCUCUGUGCAGUCAGACUCUGAGGGGAGGGGUCUGCCGCAAGGCAUGACCUUCACCUUUGACCCCCGGCGUGGCGCUUUGGUGCAUGCGGUUCAAAGGUCAUUCGAGGGGUGGUACCGCUGCAGGGGGCGGAGAAACGGACAGGAAGUGACAUCAGCGCCCAUAUACCUGUGGGUGGAGCACAAGUUGGAGGACCCGCCUUCUUUGUCUGUCUCUCUGAACACUGUGAUCCGAUUGGUUGGUGAGAGGUUUGAGGUCACAUGUUUCAGCAGCAACAAGAACCACUUCUUCAAUCUCACCUGGACACGCCCCCCAGGGCAGCUCUCCUCACACUCACAGUCCGUGGCUCAGUCUCACUCUCAGACCGGGGUCUUUAUAAACCGGACCUUGGUCUUGGUCUCAGUCCAGACCCAGGACUCUGGAGUCUUUACCUGCACAGGUGUGAACAAGGCGGGAGUCUCCAGGGCAACCACACACCUGGAGGUCAGAGAGCGACCCUUUGUCACAGUUUCCCUCCGCCUCCAUAAUGUCACAUCCCUCAUUGCCAACGUCACCCACGGCAACAGCAGCAUCACCGCUGCCAGCACCGCGAGGGGAGUGGCUACAGAGGAGGUGGGCGGGGUCAGUCGCCUGGAGGUGUCCGAGGGGAAGGACCUGAGUCUGACCUUGCCGUUCGAGGCGUAUCCUCCAAUCAGAACGUUCCGCUGGGUAACUCCAGGUCACAUGACCAACAGCAGCCUGAGCACAGAGGAGCACCGCCCCCAGGAGCACAGGGCGGAGCUGAAGCUGCUGAUUGGUCGAGUUCAUCGCAGAGACACUGGACGUUACUCUCUGCUUUUCUCCAACGACUUUUUCAGCGGAAACAUCUCCCUCCUCCUCAGAGUGCACUACCCCCCAGUGGCUCAGGUUCUGAGACUGGAGUCUGGUCUCGUUUGUCGAGGAUCUGGGUUCCCUCUGCCCUCCCUCAUCUGGACCUCCUGCCCCGGGGUCACCGACAGGUGUGAAGAUGGGGAGGAGCUGGACUCAGAGGAGCAGGCUGAAGGAGAUCUGGAUGAUUCUGAGGACUUGAUUGAGGACAUGGGGGAGGAGUCAGUGGAGCGACCUCUGACCUUGCAGCCGUCCCCUGGUGAUGACAUCACUGUGGUGUGCUCAGCCUCCAAUCACAUGGGGCAGUCACGUGACAUGCUGCAGCUCCGUGAACCGGAGUCCCUCUUCCACCCGCUCCUGAUUGGCUCAUUCUGUGUGGGAGGGGUGCUGCUGCUGCUCCUGAUGGUGGCGGUGUGGAAGUGGAAACAGAAGCCUCGGUAUGAGAUCAGGUGGAAGAUCAUCGACAGUUAUGACGGAAACACUUACACGUUUGUGGAUCCGUCUCAGCUGCCGUACGACCAGCAGUGGGAGUUCCCCCGAGACCGGCUCCGACUCGGAGCCGUCCUCGGAUCUGGAGCUUUUGGGAAAGUUGUGGCUGCGACGGCUUUAGGUCUGAACCCCGAACAGAACGAGACGACUGUGGCUGUGAAGAUGCUCAAACCAGGUGCUGUCUCUGAGGACCGUGAGGCUCUGAUGUCGGAGCUGAAGAUCCUCAGUUACAUCGGCUUCCACCAGAACAUCGUCAACCUGCUGGGAGCCUGCACCAGAGGAGGUCCGAUGCUGAUGAUCACGGAGUACUGUCGUCAUGGCGACCUGCUGAACUUCCUGCGGACCCGGUCGCAUCACUUCCUGUCUGAUGAGAAAGUGCUCUAUCGGAACAUGGGGCCUCGUUCAACCAAAGAGCGUCCGCGCAGUGACAGCGGCAUCUCCUGCAGCUCCGAGUACCAGGAGAUGAAGCCCCUGGGACCAAGACCCGGAUCAAGACCAGGACCGAGACUUGGACCAGGUCUGGAGCCGGCCUCAGACGUUCCUUCCCUCUCGCUGGUGGACCUCAUGAGGUUCUCUCUGGAGGUGGCUGAGGGGCUGGACUUCCUCUCCUCCAAAAACUGCAUUCACCGGGAUGUGGCGGCGAGAAACGUGCUUCUGACCGAACACUGUGUCGCCAAAAUCUGUGACUUUGGUUUGGCCCGAGACAUCCGCAACGACGACAGCUACAUCGUCAAGGGCAACGCCCGUCUCCCGGUGAAGUGGAUGUCUCCAGAGAGUAUCUUCCUCUGUGUUUACACCACUCAGAGCGACGUGUGGUCCUACGGAGUCCUGCUGUGGGAGAUCUACUCUAUGGGUCGUAGUCCGUACCCAAACAUGGCGGUGGACUCAAAGUUCUACAGGAGCAUCAAAGAUGGAGUCCACAUGGAGCGGCCGGACUUCGCUCCAGCGGAAAUGUAUGACCUGAUGACUCGCUGCUGGGACCUGGAGCCUACUCGACGGCCCACCUUUAACACCAUUGGUCAGAUCAUCUCUGGGCUCCUCCCCUCCACCAAUCACACGCCGCCACCUCAAAGCCCUCAGGUGAUUUACUCAAACAUCAACGAGACGAGAGACACGAGAGACGAGGACAAGCCCAACCACGCCGAUGGAGGUUCUGAGGUGAACCAAGCAGAACCACAGAGGAACAUCUACCAGCUCUCCUGAGCCUCAGAGGAUCAGUCCUGUCCAUUUGUACAAAUGUAUCAAAAUCCACAAAAUGAAGCCUCCUGAGAUGUUCUGAAACGCAUGGAACUGUGGGACCGUGUCAUCUUUCUCUGCACAUCAUGUCUAAAUGUGUCAUGUGACGUGUGGAGUUUGAAGCAUAGAUCUGAUCUUGUGUAAUUUACAUGUGUGUAAAGUUUGUACUUUAUUUGUUCAUUUGAGCAUUUCUGUAGCAAAAGUUUGAGGUCACAUGUGACCUGAAAAUAAAUGUUUGUCCUGGUUC